AUGCGGCGCAGUGAGAGGAGGAGGAGGAUGAUGAUGAGGGAGAGAAUCCCAGACCCCGAGAGCCGCGACAGAGAAGAGGCGGAGGUUCGCAUCGUCUGCUUCGAGAGACUCGGGGCUAGUGACGCGGAGAAGGAGGAGGCCAUCUCGUGGCAGGGUGGAGUGGUGGUGGGGGGGGGGAUUGUGAGAUCGGAAAGAGACGAGCAGAGUGAGUCGCGUGGACACGCGGCACGCACGUGCUGCUGUGGCAACUCUGCCACCGAGCACUUCCCUCUCUGCCCGUGUUACCUGCUGCCACCGCCAGGGUCGCCGCGCCUGGCUCCUUCUAUCCACGUGCACGCGAGAAGCAGCAGCUCCGCCGUGGAUGCUCUCCACAACCCGGGAUGGACUCCGCACGGAACUGGCCUGGACCAACGCACGAUGGCGCUUCGUCUCACGGCCCGAGCUCUGUUUUGCCGUCGAGCGCUGCUUCCCUCUGACUCCGGCCUCGCUGCCCUGUGCGGGAUGGGGGGUGGGGAUGGGGCAGGGGGGGUGGAGGGGGUAGGAGGAGGGGGGUGGGUAGCCCUUCCUUUAAUGGCCUUUCCUGCCCAGAGGUUCCUGGAGGCCUGGAGCAGGAGGCUCUGGGCCGAUUACCACGUGUGGCCCGUUUAUUCGUAAGCGACAGAAACACAGACCCGCUUGUGCGGCUUACGUAAUGUGCUGUUUAUAAACUUAGAAAUGUGCAGGUAAGUAUAAUUUGGUCAUUUCGUCUUUUUUUCCUCUCGUCGGGCCAGGACACACUGGCCCCGAAUGACCAUCCAACGUUGGAUGUCAUGAUGCGUUGGGGUGGAGCGGUGGCAAAAUGGGUAGCACACUGCGCUCUGGUUUCUGGCCACGGGAGACAUCGGUGGCGAGUGAUAUCCGAGGCCAGUCAUGGGUACCACCACCACCACCACCAACCAGCACCUACCAGUGCGAUCAAAUACUCCCUUUACUGGUGCGGUGUUGGGAGGCCGUCAUCCAGCAGUAGAUUGACGGAGGGCUUCGUAUCACCGCAACAGCCAGUGACGUGCUACAUGUUAAACAUUUUAGGCUUGAAUCGAUUCGUGAAAGUUCAUAUAAUUAGGGGGUUUUGCAGUUUUGAGACAAAGCAACACACUCAUGAAUGAAACUGGCCAAAAUUUCCAAUACCCGGGCCCCUCCUGCAAAGAGAUUUGAGAUUCGCUGAGACUUUCCUGGGUAAGUAAUUGCCAAUCAUCCAUUAAUAUAUUGAUAACGUUUCUUGGUGUUACACUUUAAUGCAAUAUCUUUGAUUUUUGUUUGCAAUAUGUUUCAUGUUUUGGUGCAAUAAAAGCAUUUUUUCAACCUA